GACGUAUUUCACCUUUGACCCGCAUUUCCGCUCCGCCAUCUUGGAAAAGAAGACAGUGGGGGGACGUGGAAGUUUUGUCGAUUUUGCGGAAGAAAACGGCAAAGUUGACAACAUUUUCAAGAUGUCUUGCUCUAUGCUGUACAUUCUAGACUUGAAGGGGAAGGUCAUGAUUUCCCGUAACUACCGUGGAGACAUUGAGCCGUCGGUGAUCGACAAGUUCAUGCCUCUGCUGAUGGAGCGGGAAGAGGAACUGCAGACGUCACCCAUCAUCAGUACUGAUGAGGUCACGUUUGUGUACAUCAAGGUCAACAAUCUGUACAUGGUUGCCACUACAAAGAAGAAUGCCAAUGUGGCACUGGUGUUCAGCUUUCUGUACAAAGUAGUGCAGAUUUUCAUGGAAUAUUUCAAAGAGCUGGAAGAGGAGAGCAUCCGAGACAACUUUGUCAUCAUCUAUGAGCUGUUGGAUGAAGUUAUGGACUUUGGCUACCCUCAGACAACAGACAGCAAAAUCCUACAGGAGUACAUCACACAGGAGGGCCAUAAGCUGGAGACCCAGGUACGGCCGCCCAUGGCUGUCACCAACGCCGUGUCCUGGAGGUCAGAGGGCAUCAAGUAUCGCAAGAACGAGGUCUUCUUGGACGUGAUUGAGUCGGUCAACUUACUCGUCAGCGUAAACGGCGUUGUCUUAAGGAGCGAAAUAAUCGGCGGGAUCAAGAUGAGGGUUUACCUGACCGGGAUGCCCGAGCUCCGCUUGGGACUGAAUGACAAAGUCCUGUUUGAAAUCACUGGUAGAGGGAAGAGUAAGUCUGUAGAGCUGGAGGAUGUGAAGUUCCACCAGUGCGUCCGUCUGUCCCGUUUUGAGAACGACCGCACCAUCUCCUUCAUCCCUCCGGAUGGAGAGUUCGAGCUGAUGUCAUACAGACUCAACACACAUGUAAAACCGCUGAUCUGGAUUGAGUCUGUGAUUGAGCGACAUUCCCACUCCCGUGUGGAGUACAUGAUCAAGGCCAAGUCUCAGUUCAAGCGCCGCUCCACGGCCAACAACGUGGAGAUCAUCAUUCCCUGCCCGAGCGACGCAGAUUCCCCCAAGUUCAAGACGACCGUCGGGAACGUGAAGUGGGUCCCGGAGAAUAGCGCGAUGGUUUGGUACAUCAAGUCCUUCCCGGGUGGUAAGGAGUACCUGAUGCGUGCACACUUUAACCUGCCGAGUGUUGAGAGAGAGGAGACGGAGGGACGGCCGCCCAUCGCUGUCAAGUUUGAGAUUCCCUACUUCACCACCUCAGGGAUUCAGGUUCGCUACUUGAAGAUUAUAGAGAAGAGCGGAUACCAGGCACUUCCCUGGGUCAGGUACAUCACACAAAAUGGAGAUUAUCAACUAAGAACCAGCUAGAGGACAGAGAAGUCAACCCAACUUCUGCAUCUUAGUACACAGCCAAGACAUGUGCAGAUAUUAGUGAUGAAUAAUGAAUAAUGAUAAAGUUAUCUUGUUAUCAGAUUGGCACAUAUAAUUUGGACAAAAUAAAAAUCAUUGCUUUUAGACAUAGCCAAAUGCUGACAAUGAAGGUAGAAUAAUUGAUACUGGGGUAUCUUUGUUUUACAACUAUGACUGCGUUGGUAUUGUAAACUAUGAUAUCUGUGAGAUGUAUUAAUUUGUGUAAAAAAAAAUCAGGGUAUCAUGAUGUUUAACGGUUCUAGGAUGGGGUCAUGUUUCUUGAAAUCAACAAACUGUUUGCAGCAAAACUAUGACCAGAUGUAUUUUGUACAUGUACAUUUUGUGAGAAGGUGUCAGAAUUUGCUAUGUACUACUAUUAUACCCAAGUUUUCUGAUCAUCAGAUAUGUAAAAUCUUUUCUGUCUGCCUUGACACAAGUUGUCAGUGUCAUUUCCUGACAAAACUGACAUGAUUAUUGUGUCUUUUUGAAUCAAGUAUGAUACUUCUUGCCUUCUGCAACUGAACUGAACAUUCUAUGAAGGAAAACCAAAGGGGAUGGAAGCGUCCAAAGAUAUUCUGGUUAUGUUCUGACCGAGGACAAACAAAACAAUUAUUCACAUGCAGCUACAUUGUAACCAAAACACUGAUGACCUGCAAACUAUAUCUUCUAAGCUGCACACACAAGAUAAAAGGAUCUGGCAAAAUUUUUAGUCAACAAUACUAUAGUAUCAGGCCUGAUUUUGCAAACAAUAAAUCAUAUGCUCUGAGACUAUAA